CCAUGACCAUCAAACAGACUCCGUCACCGUUUAUUUUACCCUCAAUGUCUUUCUUCUCCACUCUUCUCUCUCCCCUUCUCUAGGUGUAGAUUAUUGGAGACGGUUGCUUGUGAAGAUCUUCUCAGUUUUGUGGAUUUAAAACAAAUAUUCAAAAGAUUAUUAUUAGGCUUUUCCAAAUUAUUCUCUCCCAUCUGCUAUUUAGGAACAGAAAUUUAUUGAUCUUGGUAAGUUUAUUACCCUUUACAGUGUUGAAUUGGUUUCUAUACCCUUUUUUGCUUUGAUUGGAUUUUGAAGUGAAAGAUAAGAGCAUAGCUAUACUAGGUUGAAAUUAGGCUAUUAAUUGGGGAUCUGUCUAUAUGGGAAUUUUCUGAGGUGCUUUUGUUGAUUUGGGUUGUCUGUAAAUACUUAUACUCGAGUACGGAAAUAGGAUAAGAGGAAAAAAACAUGGGAGAAGAUUUGCUCACAAGCUUAACAAUUGAAAAUUAUCAUCCAUCAACAUUCUUAUCCAUGGAUUCGAUUGCCACCUCUCAUGAAGAGUCAGACCGAGACAUGAAUAGGCAGGUCAUCUUGUCUGGGCCACCCGAUAUUAACCUCCCGUUAUCAGCCGAGCGUAGUCCUCCACCGCCACAAUCGUGGAACCAUGACCCUUUUGAUAUGCUAGAGGUUGGCCUUGGAUAUCAAAUUAAUGAAUCCGAUACACUUCUUAAUAUGCCUAAGGGUGGGCGGAAAUGUGCUAAGAGAUUGGACAGUGUGUGGGGUGCUUGGUUCUUCUUUAGUUUCUACUUCAAGCCUGUUUUGAAGGACAAAUUGAAGUGCAAUAUAGUUCAGGAUAGUAAUGGCAUGUCUGGAUUUGAUAAGUCGGAUCUCCAGCUCGAUGUUUUCUUGGUUCAGCAUGAUAUGGAAAAUAUUUAUAUGUGGAUUUUUAAGGAGAGGCCUGAGAAUGCAUUAGGGAAGAUGCAGUUGAGGAGUUAUAUGAAUGGGCACUCGCGCCAGGGCGAGCGCCCAUUUCCAUUUAGUGUUGAUAAGGGUUUUGUGCGGUCUCAUAGAAUGCAAAGGAAACACUACAGGGGCCUUUCUAAUCCUCAGUGUGUGCAUGGAAUUGAACUUGUUUCAUCACCCAAUCUUAUGGUUGUUGACGAAGAAGAGCAGAAAAAAUGGAUGGAACUUACAGGUAGGGAUCUCAAUUUCUCUGUUCCACCUGAAGCAAGGGAGUUCUCUUCAUGGCGGAACCUUCCAAACACAGAUUUUGAGCUUGAGAGACCUCUUCCACCUUUGAAGAGUACUCCACAUCCCCCUUCAAAAAAAUUGCUUAAUGGAGCUGGCUUGAAUUUGUCAACUCAGCCAACUAACCAUGUAAAUGGCAAUGGAAUAGAUCUCUCAUCUGCUUGUAACAAGAAGAGGAAAGAACUCUGCUUAAAUGGAAAUGGGGAAGAUUGUUGCUUGCCUAGUAUCUUAGAUUCCGAUCGACUUCAAGAUCCGGAGAUCCAUCCAACUGAACCACCCUGGAUGAAGGAGUUUAGUGGGGUAAUGAGGAAUGUAUAUGGGCCGGUUAUGGCUGCAAAAACAAUAUAUGAGGAUGAAGAAGGAUACUUGAUCAUUGUCACCUUGCCUCUUUCUGAUCCUGAAAGAGUAAAAGUUCAUUGGUGGAACUGUCUCACUCAUGGUGUAGUGAAGAUAUCAUCUAUAAGCACAGCAUGCAGGCCCUUUAUCCACAGAAAUGAUCGAACGUAUAAGCUUACUGAUCCAUCACCUGAGCACUGUCCUCCGGGGGAGUUCAAAAGGGAAAUUCCUCUUCCCACCCGAAUUCCAGAUGAUGCCAAGCUAGAAGCAUACUUUGACAAAAGUGGAACAGUUCUUGAGAUUAAAGUGCCAAAACAUCGUGUGGGGCCAGAGGAGCAUGAGGUUCCUGUCUGUCUUCGCCCUCCCAAUGAGUUUGUGUUGUCUUGAAUGAGGCAUCUGUUGGCGAAAUAUUUAGUUGGGGUAGCUCCUGAGCUUAAAAGUUGAAGUGCUAGUGUUGAUGGUAAGAAUUCUGUAGCCUCAAUUGGUUAUUUGCUUUACCUGUACCAGUAUCAGUAUGAUUCAUCAACUUCAUUCCAUAGUGGCUUAUGAUUUCACAGGUUUUUGGAAAGACUGUGUGCUAUAUCACUUCAUAUUUUGUGAUGCACAUGGGGAUAUAUGUAAUAGAUGUAGCAGUUAGAAGUAUUGUCGCUUUUUUAAUGGGUUUUCCCUGUUUUGUGGUAGAGCCUCCAAAGUAUAACUACUUAUUUUCGUAGUUCAAAAAAUUAGGCAGGUUAUAGUAUUUGGGUAUCAAAUUGUGCUUUCUAUUUUCUGUGGAUGUAUUUGUGCUUGAUGUAUAUGCAGCAUAAUUAGCAGCUAACCUUAAGAAUUAUUGGAUUCUGACUGUUUUUUUAUUUUAAUUUUAUUACCACCAAGAAAAAGAAAA